AUGGCGGAUGAUCUAAAGCGAUUCCUGUAUAAAAAGUUACCAAGUGUUGAAGGGCUUCAUGCUAUUGUUGUGUCAGACAGAGACGGUGUGCCUGUUAUUAAAGUGGCCAAUGAUAAUGCUCCAGAGCAUGCUUUGAGACCUGGUUUCUUAUCUACUUUUGCCCUUGCAACAGACCAAGGGAGCAAACUUGGACUUUCAAAAAAUAAAAGUAUCAUCUGUUACUAUAAUACCUACCAGGUGGUUCAGUUUAAUCGUUUACCUUUGGUGGUGAGUUUCAUAGCCAGCAGCAAUGCCAAUACAGGACUAAUUGUCAGCUUAGAAAAGGAACUUGCUCCAUUAUUUGAAGAAUUGAGACAAGUUGUAGAAGUUUCUUAA